AAUGUAAGUCUAGGGGGAAAAUGCUUGUGCGCUUGCGCAGUGUGAUUAUUCUGUGUGCUGUGUGUUGUGCGAAGGUAAACAAGAUGAGGUUUGCUAGGUCUGGAAUGUUGUUAGGAGCGGCCAUCUUGGCUGUCAUUAUCUGUCAUCAGCAGAGUAAUGCAGUAAAAAAAGAAGAGCAGCUUGGUGAGAGGGUUAAGCAGCUGGUAGAGUGGGGUAACAAACGGGCCGUCAUCCGUAUGAAUGGGGACAAAUAUCGACUGUAUGCUAAGAGUUCCCCAAGGAACUACUCCCUGGUCAUCAUGCUGACUGCCAUGCAGCCUCAGAGGCAGUGCUCUGUAUGCAAAGCUGUUGGUGAGGAGUAUCAGAUACUGGCAAAUUCAUGGCGUUACUCUCAAGCUUAUUCCAACAAACUCUUCUUUGCCAGUGUGGAUUAUGACGAGGCUGCAGAUGUCUUUAAGAGUUUAAAGAUCAACUCUGCCCCCAGCAUUAUCCACUUCCCAGCCAAGGGAAAGCCAAAGAAAGGAGAUACAUUUGAAAUUCAGAGGUUGGGAUUCCAGGCUGAAAAUUUGGCCAAGUGGGUUUCUGAAAGGACAGAUGUACAUAUCCGCAUCUUCCGUCCACCCAACUACUCUGGUACCAUUGCCCUUGGUAUCCUCCUGGCCAUGGUUGCUGGCUUUUUGUACUUCAGACGCAACAACCUUGAGUUCCUCUACAACAAGACCAUGUGGGGUGUUGGUGCUCUGAGCAUUGUAUUUGCCAUGACCUCAGGUCAGAUGUGGAAUCAUAUCAGAGGACCACCUUACGCUCAUCGUAACCCACAGAAUGGACAAGUGAGUUACAUCCACGGAAGCAGUCAAGGACAGUUUGUAGCUGAGACCCACAUCGUCAUUCUUCUUAAUGCUGCUGUGACCUGUGGUAUUAUCUUGUUGAAUAAAAACUCCAUUACUGAUGGUGAUGUGAGGAAGCGUAGAGUUGUGACUGUUAUAGGAUUGGCUCUGGUUGUCUUCUUUUUCAGUCUCUUACUUUCAAUAUUCAGAGCCAAAUAUAGAGGUUACCCAUACAGCUUCCUUAUAAAGUGAUCUGUGAUUUGAAGAACACUCUAAUCGGAAGCCUUGCUUGCAUCAUUUUACUUCUUAGAACUUAUCACUGUAAUUCUAUUUUGUUUCAUGUUCUUUAAGUUUUCAAGGGUUAUUUGUGUAUGAUGAGCCAUGCUUGCAGAUAUUCUUCUAAAAAUGUCAAUUCUAUUGUUAUUUUUAUUGUCAUUUGUGUCAUUUUCCGGGAUAUGCUUUUUUGCAGGUUUGUAAAGAUUAAACUACUAGAAUAAUCAUGUAGUUUUAAAAAAAUUGCAGCAAGAAAUACCUCAACUUCUUAUUAGUUAAAUUUAUAAAGUGUGGUGUAUGAUUUUUAGUUGAUGAAAUAUCAUACUUGUUACUGACAUCAAAGUGCCAUAUACCUACAUAAUUUGAAAUGAUGAUUGAAUCAAUAUUAGAAGUAAUCAGUUGAAUCAUCUUCAGAAGUAACUUCAGCAAUGUGAUAAUUUGUUAAAAAGAAAGCUUUGGCCAUUGUCCUUUAGCAAACAAAAAGGAGCAUACUGAUAGUCCAAUUUUUGACAUAUCUGAUAGGAUUAGCUGAGACAUGCAUUGCAAAGGGGCAAUCGUGGUGUUGCUAGCUUUCCAUAGUAUAAAAUUAUGGUGUUGCUGGUUUUCCAUAGUUGAGACUGAUUUGUGUUAUUGAUCCCAAUGAAGUAUUACCCAUGAUAUUGAUAUAAUAAUGCUGAUAUUCCAGCUCUUGCAAUGUAUUUUUCAAAACUUAAUAUAACAAGGUUUGACAUGUAAGGUCCUCAUCUUGAGUUUCCAUGUCUGUUGGAAGUUAACCUUGCUUCUGUACUUUGAUAUUUUGAUUAAUUAUUUAUAUUAAGGACUUUUAAUGUCAGGUGAUUAUUACUCAAUGAGUGAAUUCUUUUUAUGUCUGAAUCUUGUAUCUAAAUUUUGUUCACAACUUUAACCCAUAUUUCCAUUAUCAAGUGUUUUUUACAGUUAUGUCACAAAUAAAAUGUUCACCAAAGGUGUAGACUGUUAUUUUUUUUUCCUGUAUUUUUCUUGUUUGUAUUGUGAUAUGGACAUGGAUGUAUAUUUUUAUAUGUUUUAUCAUACGGACAGCAAUGAAGUUUUUUUUUUUGUAGCGUUAGGUUUGGCAGUUUCGGUAAAUGUUAAGAUUGUUAGUUUUCAAAUUUCAGAUUUAGUAAAAACAGUUUAUCAUUAAACGUUUGUUGUUUGAGAACGCAAUAAAAAAAAUCAGAUAUGACUAAAUUUACAAUCAGAAUGUCGUAAUAAAAGUAUGGUGGAAUGGGAUAAAAUGUGUGCGUUCAUAGCUUUCUGGUAAAAGGUACCUUAAUUAAUUUGAUAAGAGAUAAUAUAAUAGGUUACAAAGAGGGGACUAAAUAUGUUUAGCGUUCAUAUUCAAAUUUCACAAUGAAUAAGUGGAUGAAAAAAUUAUCCAAGAAUGUGAUAUUAGAAUGAUAAAGUAUAUUUCAAAUUAUUGAACCUUCACUAAAGCUUUGGACUUAAUAUUAGAUAUUUCGUAUCUGUAUAAAUUUUAUUGUAAUGUAUCGUUAGUAUUAAGAAAAAUUCAGAUGGACUGCUCAUUUAUUUAAGUGAGACUUUAAAGGAACUUGAUAAAAUAAUAUCUUCUUUGUUGAUAUGUGUGGAAUAUUUUCAAUGUGGUUCUUAUAAUUAUGUAUACAGUACAUUUAUAACUAUGUGAAAUCAUUUCAAAUUUAAUAGGACAAGAUUACAUGUUAAUGGUAAGGGAUUUAUAAAUAAAUUUCAUUUAUAUCUUAAAUAUAGCAUUGUUUCACUUGGCAUGUGAUUCUGCUUUGAAAUGUUGACCAAAAAAUGUGUCUAAUCUGAGAAAUAUAGGUGACACAACAUUUCCUUCUGCGACGAUUGCUCCGGUCUUAAUAUCUCAAAAGGCAUAGGAUUUGAGUUAGGAUUGUAAUAGAGUUUUUGGUUCAGAGUAAUAAAAAGAUUAGGAUUAGGUUUAUUUAGUUUAGGAGGUUUGCUUUUAUGAUUAUCUUAACAUGCAGAUUUUCCAUCGGAGUAAUUGUCGCUGGAGCAAAUGUCAUGGAACCAAAAUAUAUGAUUGUCCACUACACCAAGGAAAUACUCUGUAGCUGAUUUUCAACAAAUAGUUCCUUCUGCCUUCUAAACUUCACAUAGAAAUUGGGUCUCCCUAUAUAACUCUUCAGUGUAAUAAACAAGUUUUGAACUCUUGGUAAUUAUAGAAUAACUCCUCUAGAAUAUUUAUAAAGGGUGAUGUCAGAUAUUAGUAUAGUAAAUUACUAGUAUAACAAUAAAUUAUAUUAUACUGAUGUGAAAGCAUAUCACUAGAAAAUAAACAAUCACCCAAUGUUGCUCAUAGAACCCAACUAUUCACUAUCAUGUCUGCUAGCAUACCUUUCUCAUUCAACUUAAUUUUAAUAGCCAUUCUUCCUUCAUAUGCUGGCCACUACAAAAUUUAGUUAAAAGGGAAGUUCACAUUGAUGAAAGUUGGUUUUAUUAAAAGCAGACAAAUAAUUAGAAAUAUUUGUGAAGGUUUGAUAAAUAUCUAUCAAGAACAACAGAGUUAUGAAGUUUUAAAGGUUUCAUUUUGUGAUGUCACAGAUGAGCAGCUGCUCUAUAUGUUGUGUAAUAUAAAUUCCACAAAGCAUAUUUUUCUCAAAAUAUUGAUAGUGAUUUUAUUUGUGUGGUGGAUAUAUGAUCAGACAAAUCAGUUCAUACUCCAAUCUAUAAGAAAAAUAUUUUUAUUCAUCAUGUUCUAUUAAAAAUAUGGAUUUAUGGAAUUUGUUUUGCAUGAUAUUAUGAGGGAGCUGCUUACAAAUUAAAACAAGAUGUUAAUUCACAACCCUUAUUCUCUAAUGGAUUUUCAUCAAUUUUUCAAUUGUUUUCUCAAAUGUUUUCUGUUUUUGUUAAAAUCAACUCAUCAUGCUGAACUUCCCCUUUAAAAAAUACAGGUGCAUUGUGAUUGAUUAGAUCACCCUAUAAAUAAUAAUUGAAGACGAGAAUAAGAAAAUUAUGAGAACAAAGCAUUUUAUGGUAUCGAGUUGGGGAAAAUAAAGAAGGAUAUCAACAAAGUAGUAA